AUAUGUCUAUGGAAAACCAAGUAACAGAUAUGACUAUAAAACAAGAUGAAUUAAAUUCCUCUGCAGAUUAUCAUGUAAUAGAAUGUGAUCCUUUAGAUUAUUCAAUAUUAGACAAGCAAGAUGAAUAUAAUUCUAAUGCAGAUGAUACAAAUAACAGUGUAAAUAUUAAAUCAGAAAUAUCUUCAGAAGAUGACAACUUAUCUCUUGAUAUGUCCAUAGAAUCUGACAUAGAUUAUGAACUUCUAGAACGAACCAACAAAAUAAAAAGACACAAAUGUCCUACCUGUAACAAAAAAUUUGUUCGUUCUUGUCAUUUACGCCAACAUGUACUUAUCCAUGGAGAUGACCGCACAUACAAAUGCGGAUUUUGUGAUAAAACCUACAAACAAGCCAGCCAGUUGUGGCUGCAUCAUAAAACUCAUUCCGGACAAAAACCACAUGUAUGCAGCGUCUGCAAAAAAGCUUUCAUGAGCUCCAGUAAUCUCACACGGCAUUUACGCUGCCACACAGGAGACCGACCUUAUACCUGCACACAAUGCAAUAAAGCCUUUGCAUAUUCAACCACUUUGUUACAACACACAAGGUUACACAUGGGUAUAAGAGCCCACAAAUGCAAAGUCUGCGAUAGAACAUUCACUCAAUCAGGCCACUUGUCAAAGCAUAUGGCUGUCCAUACAGGAGAAAAACCCCAUAAAUGUGAUAUGUGUGAGAAGACUUUCAGUUGUACCAGCGGACUAAUAAAACAUGUACGCACUCAUACAGGGGCUAAGCCUUUUCAGUGUUUGUAUUGUGAGAAAUCUUUUUCACAAUCAAGCAGUUUGUCGAAACAUACUAGGAUCCAUACUGGUGAACGGCCUUAUAAAUGUGAUUUGUGCAAUAAAACAUUCACUCAAUCUUAUCAUAAGACUCAGCAUCAAAAGGUGCACGAAAAAAAACUUAUAAAAAACUUUAUAAUGAAUUCUAUUAAUGUUAUUAGAGAAAUUAACUGAAACUGAAAAAUGUCUGAAUAUGAUAAUAUUCAGACAUAUAUAUACAAAAUAUGAUAUAUUGAUAAAU